UGGACAUUAUUGUUUAUUAGCCUAUUGAUUUUCCCCCUCAUUUUUAUUGUUUAUUUUAUUAGGGUAUUGAUUUAAUUGACAUUGGUGUUUAUUAUUGCUACUCUCCGUAUUAGUUUUAUUCUAUUCUAUAUUGUUUUUGUCGCUUUGGAUGUCGCUUUGGACAUGAUUUCAGCAGUAGGCUAGGCCUAUCAGCAAACUACAGUCCUUAGUUGUUUAUCCGGUUUCUAAGUGCGUUUGAUUGAUUCUUAAGUAGUGUAACAGGGCUGAUUGGCUUUUGAAGUGGCGCAAAAAGUGCAAAUCCACUCAAGAACCCUUCUGAAUCCACGUGAUCAACGCGGAAGUCAAUAACACUGGCUAAGGACGCUUGACGGGCUAUACUCCUGUGUGGUUCAAGCGCCUUGGCGCCGGGGCGGAGUGAAUGCGAUCAUCCUCCUCAGUUUAUGAAUAUAUUCAUUUUCCCCAGGACACCACUGCUGUAUAGCUUCACAGUUCGCUGGAUAGCCACUACUCCCCGCCUUACUUAAGACAGACUGUCGGACUGGUUAGCCAACUACGAAAGGGUAGCUAGCUAACUUAUUUGGACGUAACAUACACUGAGGAGAGCUGCCGACCACAGUAAGAACAGGACUUGUACGUUAUAUGACAUGGUUCUGCUGAUACGCUGACUGACCUACCUAAUCUGCGACAGCUGUGGACCCACAACCGUCAUGUCUACUUCCAAAAAGGGCUCAUCUAAGUCCGGUGGUGUACGGUUCUCAGAGGAGCCAGCGGCCCAUUCCCACGUGCACUUUGACGAAAAACUCCACGACUCCAUUGUCAUGGUGAUCCCUGAAUCAAAUGGCAACUUCUUGGUUAAAGUGGGCUUUCUGAAGACACAGCACAGGUAUGAGAUCGACUUCACCCUGCCAGAGUUGCCAUCGCUAGGCACCGACAUUUGUCCCGCCCCCAUUCCGAACCCUCAUAUCCGCAUCACCAACAUCACCCACCAAUCAGAAGGCGGUGUGCGGCUGCACUGUGAGUACAUGCCCCACCAGGAGGGGGUGCUGUGUGAGGAGUUGACCCUGGUGAGCGAAAGCAAAGAGGACACGUGUGUGCGCAUCAGAGUGCAGGCACGCGUUAUGGAUCGCCACCACGGCACUCCCAUGCUGUUGGAAGGAGUGAGAUGUGUAGGGGCGGAACUAGAGUACGACUCUGAGCAAAGUGACUGGCAAGGGUUUGACUAAAGCACACAGACACACACACACACACACACACACACACAUGCAUGAGUGACACUGUUUAAUUAACAUCUUCACAGCUACACAUCCCCUCACAUACUAACACACACAAAUGCACAAACAUAUAUACACACACACACAAAUACACUCAUACACAAAUAUAGCUUCACACACAUGCUCACAUGCCCUCAUACACCAGUGCCAUACAUUCUGCUGCAUCAGUAGCUAGAUCUCUCUCUGUGCUUCUCAUCAUGGAGUAACCCCUGUCCUUGGACACUGCCCAUGCAGCCCUGCAAGGGGUCGGGAGGACGGGGGACUAUAGGAACACUGUGAUCUCUUAGUUUAGCUAAGGAGCUCCCUCUACUUCAAGCUUAGUAAUGACUGAUGACUGUGUUCUGUCUUUUGCUUUUGAUUAUGUUGAAUAAUUAAAACGUUGUGAUUAUCUAAUGA